AUGCCAGCUAAUGGGAAAUCACCCCAGAGGUUUCCUGCCCUGGUUCCAGGAAAACCUGGUGGAUCAUUUGAGGGAUCCGUGUCAUUCGAAGAUGUGGCUGUGGAUUUUACCCGACAGGAGUGGCACAGACUGGAUCUUGCCCAGAGGACCAUGCACAGGGAUGUGAUGCUGGAGAACUACAGCAACCUGGCAUCUGUGGGCCUCUGCGUGGCCAAACCAGAGAUGAUCUUCAAGUUGGAGCGAGGGGAAGAACUGUGGAUAUUAGAGGAGGAAUCCUCAGACCAUGGUUACACAGGCUCUUUUUCACUGCCAGGUGCCAACAGUUCUGUUUGGGGUAAUUGCCUCAGGCAUGAUAGUGACCUUCAGCAUUGGAAGAUUCAAACUUUGGAUCAAACUGUUGAAUAUCAGAAAGCCUUCUACAAGAGAACGAGCUUUGUUGGACACAAAAGAACACACACAGGAGAGAGAAACUUUGAAUGUAAUGAAUGUGGGAAAACUUACUGCAGGAAAUCAAACCUUAUUGAACAUCUGAGAAUACACACAGGGGAGAGACCCUAUAAAUGUGGUGAAUGUGCAAAAACCUUUAGUGCAAGAUCAUACCUCAUUGCUCAUCAGAAAACUCACACAGGAGAGAAGCCCUUUGAAUGUGAUGAAUGUGGAAAAUCUUUUGGCAGGAAGUCACAACUCAUUCUACAUCAGAGAACACACACAGGAGAGAGACCCUAUGAAUGUACUGAGUGUGGGAAAACCUUUUCUGAGAAGGCAACCCUCAUGAUUCAUCAGAGAACUCACACAGGGGAGAAACCCUAUGAAUGUGGCGAAUGUGGGAAAACAUUUCGUGUUAAGAUAUCUCUUACUCAACAUGAGCGAACUCACACAGGGGAGAAACCCUAUGAAUGUGGUGCUUGUGGGAAAAACUUUGGUGCAAAAAAAUCCCUAAACCAACAUCAAAGAAUUCAUACAGGUGAGAAACCCUAUAAAUGUGGUGAAUGUGGGAAAUUUUUCAGAUUGAAGAUGACUCUCAAUAAUCACCAGAGAACUCAUACGGGUGAAAAACCCUACCGGUGUAAUGAAUGUGGGAAAUCUUUCAGUGUGCACUCAUCUCUUGGAAUACAUCAGCGAAUUCACACAGGAGAGAAACCUUAUGAAUGUAACAAAUGUGGUAAUGCCUUCUAUGUCAAAGCACGCCUCAUUGAACAUCAGAGAAUGCAUUCAGGAGAAAAACCCUAUGAAUGUAGUGAAUGUGGAAAAAUUUUCAGUAUGAAGAAAUCCCUUUGUCAGCACCAGAGAACUCACACAGGAGAGAAACUUUGUGAAUGAAGAAAUGCCUUCUCUGAGAAAGUAUGCCUCAUAACACAGGAGAGACCCUUUGAAUGUCAAGAAUGUGGGAAAGCUUUCUGCCAGAAGGCACACCUCACAGAACAUGAGAGAACUCACUUAGGCCAGCCCUUACUGUGGAGAAAGCUUCUCUGA